GUGUUCCAUACCGAAGAAAAGAAUGGAACCUUUAUAAUCUGAGAAGCAAACCAGAUACAGUGUCACUUGCUACUUUGUCAUUUGCUAAUAAUACCACGUUUAACUACACAACAAAUUGUGAUUUUUUAAAUCAAAUUUAAUUGUUUUUCUGUACAUAACAAAUUGUGAUUUAAUCAAAUUUAAUUAUUCUUGCAAUUACUAGCUCAUCAAAAAGGGGGAAAGAUACGACGGAGAGACGGUGGCGCGUAGUUGUCGAAGAGGCGCGUGGAGUUUUUGCUUAUGGUCCCAUUAGUCCCCAAACCUAUCAUCAUCUCCUCUCUCUCUCUCUCUCUCUCUCUAUUGAAACCCUAAAAAUCCUCAUUUUGCACUGCAAAGUAGGCUGAGUCUCGACCCCUUCUCCGUUUUGGUGAUCCCGAGAAGUUCACUCUCAAAAAAAUCGAAGCUUAAAUUUCGGAUCUUUAACAGCUGUCUCCUCGGUAAAGCUUCGUGCUUUCUUUCUAAUCGGAUAGCGAAUUGAGGAGACGACGACGAUGAGCAGCAGAGAUCAUCAUCAUCCACCCGAGCCUCUUGAUUUCUUCAUAUGGACUGUUGAGGAUGUUGGAUCUUGGCUUGAGGAGAUAAACCUUGGAAGCUACCGCCUGAUUUUCAAAGAAAACGGCGUCAAUGGAGAAUAUCUAGAAAGCAUGUCUGUGUUUACAACCGAACAGAUCCUUCACUUCAUUAGGAGGCAUCACAUGAAGUGGGGAGACUUCAUCACCCUCUGUAAAGAACUCAGAAGGAUUAAAGUGGCUUGCUUGAAAGGUGAGCAGAGAGUUCGACGGCCAUGGUGGGCACCGUCUUGUCUAUCGGUAGUCUUUGUUAAGGCGGCUAAGCGCAACCGACAGUCUCGAGUUGUAUCUUUAAAGCUUGAAUCUUGACAGUUGAUAUUACACUUUGGAUGUUUAUGUACGUUCUUGUCUCUCUUCUUUUCCUUUUUUUUCUUGGUUUGUGUUUGUUUUUGGAGAUAAAAAGCCACAUAUGCACUAGGAAGACAGCCAAAAUGCUGUUUGGCUUUGGUAAAAUCUUGCAAGUAGGAAAAAAACAUUGGUGUAUACAAAGCUUGCUCUCAAAUGUUUACUACUCA